AUGGGGGACUGUCUGCGCAAAACUUGCCCCUGUCUGGAGACGCUAUGGGUCAGACUGUUUGGCGACAAAAAGAACACCGAAUGUAACACAGUUGAGGGGAUCUCGAACGAUGUCGCCGAUGACGAGUGUGUAGAGAUCUCGCAUAAUGGCAGGCAGUCAUUCACGAGGAACCCGGUGCACCGGAAUGCGCCCCAGCCGUCCCAGACCACGGAAAGCGCGAUCUACAUGGCUUUGUGGAGAUUUGAGGCACGAGAUAAAGAUGAAUUGUCGUUCCAAGAGGGAGAUCUGUUCAACGUGAUCAGUCGAUCCGGAGACUGGUGGACUGCGCGUAAAAUAGACAGGAAUGGGCGCGUUUUGGCGAAGGGGGUUGUGCCAAAUAACUACCUGGCAAGGGGAGAAUCUGUCAACGCACAGCCAUGGUACUUUGGGAAGAUGAACCGGUUUGAAGCCCUGAGCCAAAUUCUUUCUCCAGAGAAUGGAGAGGGAGCAUUUCUCAUCCGUGUCAGUGAGAAAGGCAAGGUGGGCUACGUCCUCUCAGUCAAAGUCAGCAACCAAGCCAAGCACUUCAAGAUCUGUGAGGAGGAUGGUCAGUACUGGCUGGAACAGACCCGUCCCUUCAACACCCUGAUAGACCUGGUGGAGUUCUACACCACACACUCACUAGGAUCUGUGGCCCACCUGGGGGAGGCCUGUACCAGGAAAGAGCCAGUGCCCCAGGACCUAUCUCACUCCACAGUGGAUGAGUGGGAGCUCCCCAAGGAGGAGUUCACCCUGGGAGAGCAGCUGGGCAGCGGGUUUUUUGCUGACGUUCACCGGGGCAAGUGGAAGAACAGCAUCAACGUGGCCAUCAAGAUUCUCAAGAACGACUCGUUGAACGACCAUGAGUUCCAGUGUGAGGUGCAGAUCCUGAAGAAGCUGAGACACAGACACCUGAUCUCCCUGUUCGCCGUCUGCACCUCCUCAUCCCCCUACUACAUCAUCACUGAACUCAUGGAGAAGGGAAACCUGUUGAGCUUCCUCAGAGGUUCAGAGGGUUCUCUGCUGGACCUGGUGUCUUUGGCGGACAUGGCAGCCCAGGUGGCUGAUGGGAUGGCGUAUCUGGAGCAGCAGAACAGUAUCCAUAGAGACCUGGCGGCCCGAAACGUCCUGGUGGGAGAGAACUAUAUCUGCAAGGUGGCCGACUUUGGACUGGCCAGGAUCAUCAAGGAGCCCUUCUACGUGUCCGAGGACAAAAAGAUCCCCUACAAAUGGAGUUCCCCGGAGGCCAUCAGCCACGGACGUUUCUCCAACAAGUCAGAUGUCUGGUCCUUUGGGGUUCUGCUCUACGAGAUACUAACCUAUGGUGGGAUUCCAUACCCAGGCUACAACAACAACGAGGUAUACCGUCAGAUCAUCGCUGGCUACAGGAUGCCAGCUCCAGAGAAAUGUCCAAACUUCCUCUACAAACUCAUGUUGGCCUGUUGGAGUGACAACCCUGCAGACAGACCGGACUUCAAGGAGCUCAGGAGCAAACUGGAGAACAUCAACCGUUAUGAGCUGGAACAAUGAGCCUGAACCAUAGAAAUGGACAGUCAUCAGUGUUUAGAAAUAACCUUUAUUUUUUUUAUUUUUUUGCAUGGACAUUGCCAUUCACUUCCACCAUUUUAAAGUAGUCAACUGGGUGGGACAUCCUAUGGGUUAAGGACAGUGGAGGCUUCUGAGGGGGAGGACGGCUCAUAAUAAUGUCUGGAACGGCGCAAAUGGAAUGGCAUCAAACCAUGUGUUUUAUGUAUUUGAUACCAUUCCACCUAUUCCACUCCAGUCAUUACCACGAGCCUGUCCUCCCCAAUUAAGGUGCCACCAACCUCCUGUGAUUAAGGAUCACAUGAUUCCAUUCAGGUCAUCAGGAAGGAUCAGCCAAUGAAUUAUACUUGAGAUAAAACAUUCUAUAAACUGCAGGUGGCAGUAAAUCACCAACUUUGGCUUUUCUAUUGUUGUUAAGUCAGGACCAGCUUCUCCCUGGCAUGGAACACUUUGUUUCGAUUGUAAUAAAUAUACACUAAAGGAUAAUA